CUUUGAUGUCUUACACACACACUUUAUCCAACUUCUAGUAAGUGAUUUUUUUUUCAUGAUAGAGUUUGGUGCCCAGCCAACGCCUAAACUGAACAAGUGAACACGAUGGAGACGAAACUGAACAUGAUGGAAACGCCUAAGUUCACCAGCAAGCCAAUUUCCCUCAUCCCCAUGACUCUUCAAAAACUCCAACCACCCUUCCCAACUCUUCCUUCCACCCUCAGACUCACCCAGAUUUCUCAUCUGGACCAAAACUCUUCUCCUACCCCUAAUAAUCUUCUCUCACUUUAUCAAACAAAGCAAAUCCAUGCCCACGUCAUCAAAACCCACUUCAAUAACACUUACACGUUUUCUCUCCAUGCUUCUACACUUACUUCCCGCUUAAGCCCUCAAGCCCUGCACAAUCUCCUUUUAUCUGCCUACAUUAGAAACAAUGAACCCCAAAGCGCAUUAAACAUUUAUGUUUAUAUGAGGACUUUGGACACUGAAGUGGACAAUUUUAUUGUACCAUCAAUUCUUAAAGCUUGCAGUCAAAUCUCAAUGACCCAUUUGGGGAAAGAGAUUCACGGUUUCGUUCUUAAAAAUGGACUGUUUGGUGAUGUUUUUAUACGCAAUGCUUUAAUGCUGAUGUAUGCUGAAUGUGGGGGUUUAGCAUCAGCACGGUUACUGUUUGAUACAAUGGGUGAAAGAGAUGUUGUUUCUUGGAGUACAAUGAUUAGAAGCUAUUGUCGGAACAGAUUGUUCCGUGAAGGAUUGGAACUUAUAAAAGAUAUGCACUUUUCUAAUGUUAAGCCUAGUGAGGUUGCCAUGGUUAGCAUGGUUACUCUUUUCGCUGACCUUGAGAACAUUCAACUGGGGAGAGCAAUGCACGCUUAUGUUAUAAGGAAUAGUGCUGAUGAGAAAAUGGCUGUUCCUCUAACUACUUCUUUGAUUGAUAUGUAUGCCAAGUGUGGAAAUUUAGCUUCUGCAAGAAUCAUUUUUAACGGGUUUAGUCAGAAAAGCAUUGUUUCUUGGACUGCGUUAAUUGCUGGUUAUAUUAGGUCCAAUAAUUUGCAAGAGGGUGAAAGGCUUUUUGUUAAAAUGAUUGAAGAAAAUACGGUUCCCAAUGCGAUUACAAUGUUGAGUUUGAUUAUUGCAUGUGCGUUUGUAGGGGCUGUACAAUUGGGCAAGCGACUACAUGCUUACAUUUUUAGAAAUGGGCCCAGAAUGUCACUGGUUUUAACCACUGCUUUGGUUGACAUGUAUGGAAAAUGCGGUGACUUAAGAAGUGCAAGGGCUUUAUUUGAUAGCAUGGAGAACAAAGAUAUUAUGACUUGGACUGCUAUGAUUUCGGCUUAUGCACAAGCUCACUGUAUUGAUCAUGCUUUUGAUCUCUUUGUCCAGAUGAGGGAUGGCAAGGUGAUGCCAAAUGAAGUGACAAUGGUUAGCCUUCUUUCUUUGUGCGCAGAAGUUGGAGCCCUUGACAUGGGCAAGUGGAUUCAUGCUUACAUAGACAAGCUAGGCAUUGAAGUAGAUGUGGUACUGAAAACUGCUCUGGUAGACAUGUAUGCUAAGUGCGGGGAUAUAGAUAGAGCUCAAAGCCUUUUUAGAGAAGCCAUGUUUCGAGACAUUUGCUUGUGGAAUGCCAUGAUGACUGGAUAUGGAAUGAAUGGCUAUGGUGCUGAAGCUUUGAAACUCUUUGCACAGAUGGAAAGACUAGAUAUAAAACCAAAUGACAUAACAUUUAUUGGAGCGCUGCAUGCUUGCGGUCAUGCUGGAUUGGUAGCAGAAGGAAAAAGACUUUUUGAGAGAAUGGUUCAUGAUUUUGGCUUGAAUCCAAAGGUUGAACAUUAUGGGUGUAUGGUGGAUCUUCUUGGUCGAGCUGGACUGCUUGAUGAAGCAUAUGAAAUGAUUGAGAGCAUGCCAAUGACCUCUAACAUUGCUGUAUGGGGUGCUUUGCUUGCUGCCUGCAAGCUUCACAAAAAUCUUGAUCUGGGGGAAUUAGCAGGAAGAGAGAUUCUUGCAUUGGAACCCCAAAAUUGUGGUUAUAAUGUUCUUAUGUCAAACAUAUAUGCUGCAGCAAACAGAUGGAACGAUGUUGCAGGCAUGAGAAAAGCAAUGGAGGAUACUGGAAUUGAAAAAGAACCAGGUCUCAGCUCAAUUGAAGUAAAUGGUUCAGUUCAUGAUUUUACAAUGGGCGAUAUGUCGCACCCUCAAAUUAAAAAAAUAAGUGAAAUGUUAGCUGAAAUGAGCAAGAAACUAAAAGACGCAGGAUACAUGCCUAACACAUCUGUAGUGCUACAGAAUAUUGAUGAGGAAGAGAAAGAAACUGCACUUGCAUACCACAGUGAGAAGUUGGCCAUGGCUUUUGGUCUUAUUAGUACAGCUCCAGGCACUCCAAUUCGGCUUGUGAAAAAUCUCCGAAUUUGCGAUGAUUGCCACACGGCAACAAAACUACUGUCCAAGGUCUAUGGGAGGACAUUUGUAGUCAGGGACCGUAAUCGAUUUCAUCAUUUUAAAGAAGGAUCCUGUUCCUGUGGCGAUUAUUGGUAGCAUUACCUCUUACCAGAAGACUACAGCAUAAUGUAACAUAAAUUCCUUUUGUAUAGGUCGAUAAUAACAGUAAAAGCUGUAUUCAUAUUCUUUUUGAAUUAGAAGUCGUCCGUCUAAUUGCCUAUUUGAGCUGCCUUCUUUAUGUAGAGGCUGAUAAUUACAGGAAAGUUAUGUUCA